AUGACUAGCAUUACUCCUGCUGAGUUGCAACACAUGAAGGAGCAUGCUGGCGAUACUAAGGUCCCGAACAUUAUAGCCACUGUGAUUACCUGUGGCUGCAUUUCCUAUGUUGCGGUUGCUCUACGUUUGUAUGCGCGCAACACGGCGAAAUUCGGCAUCGGUCUCGAUGAUUUUGGCAUUCUCAUCGCACUGGUAUUUUUCACCAGUUACUUCGUCAUGUUAGCUCUGGUCACCCGAUGGGGGUUAGGCAGGCAUGCAAUUAUGAUCACCAAUGCAGAGGCUUUUGGAAAGACUAACGUCACCAAUGAAAUCACGUAUACCAUGUCACUCGCCUUUGUCAAAUUCUCCAUUUUGCUCUUCUACGACCGUAUUUUUCCAAACAAAGGUCUUCGAAAAGCCUUCCUGGCCACCGCACUUUUUAUCAUUGCUUGGAUCAUAACGUCCAUUUUCGGCAGUAUUUUCGCAUGUGUUCCUGUCAAUAAACAAUGGGAUCCAGCUGUUCCGGGCAAAUGCAUGGCGUUCGGUUCCUUCGUUCUGGGUAUCAGCAUAAUAAACAUUAUCACCGACUUCACCUUGCUGAUCCUACCUAUGCCGGUGAUUUGGGGCCUGAACAUGAAAAGAACGAAAAAGAUUUUGACCAUUCUCACCUUGGUGGCUGGUUCCUUUGCGUGUAUAGUCAGUAUUGUUCGACUAGCCUCUGUUCAGGCGGUAGGAAGUACCACGGAUCCGAGUUGGGAUGAUGUGGGCGGCGGCAUUCUGUCUUGUGUCGAAGUCUGUGUUGGCAUAGUAGCUGCUUCACUACCAACCUACCGACCCCUCCUGAACAGGUUCAUCAAGAACCGCGACUACGGCUAUCAUCCCAGAUCAGAUGGAAUUGUCCAAACAACCGACAUACAGAUGCAUUCAGCCCCUCGCUCCGCUCACAGAGAUGAUGACGAUGACACGCCGUAUGGGCAUUCGAUCCCAAAGAGUUUUGGUGGUAAGAUUAGCCCCGCAAGUUCCGACAAGGAAAGGUUGUACACAAAGCUAUCGGAAUAA